CUGCUCCAGCCAGUCCGUGUGGGUCACGUGACGCGUGGUGGAAUAACAGAGUAGACCUAGUUGUCAGCAAUCGGUUGUGUGAAGAUGGCCGAUUUAUGCUAGCGAUCUAAAUCUUAGCUUCAUCGUCCGCCAGGAUAAUCUAGCACAUCUCAUCUACUUGUUGUGGACAUUUCCACUGUUUUAAUCAUUUACAAUGGCAGAGCAGAACAGCAACGUGAGGUAUCAAGAGCUGGUUAAUGAAGAGGAGCCAGCCCAGGCUUCACAGGAGGCCCCCACCCAGGACGCUCCUCCACCCUACAGCAGUGUCACUGCAGCGAAUGCAGCCUUCUUUGACUACAAAGAGGAUGGAGGAAGCUUCCCAAAUCCCCCAUCUUACAAUGUGGCCACAACACUGCCCUCCUACGACGAAGCAGAGAGAACCAAAGUAGAGUCUGCAAUCCCAUUGGUUGCUGGCCGAGUGACGGAGGACGAUUUUGUUGCCAGGGAUGAGUUUGAAGACGCGGACCAGCUACGGAUAGGAAACGAUGGCAUCUUCAUGCUCACUUUCUUCAUGGCAUUCCUGUUCAACUGGAUUGGCUUCUUCCUGUCGUUCUGCUUGACCACAUCAGCAGCGGGCCGAUACGGGGCCAUCUCUGGAUUCGGCCUGUCCCUCAUCAAAUGGGUUCUGAUCGUGAGGUUCUCCACCUAUUUCCCGGGCUACUUCAACGAGCAGUACUGGCUGUGGUGGGUUUUCCUGGCCCUGGGCUUCAUGCUCUUCAUCAGAGGGUUCGUAAACUACUCCAGAGUGCGCAAGCUGGCAGACCCCGCCUACGCCACUCUGCCUCGGACACGGGUGCUCUUCAUUUACUAGAGAACGUUCCGGACAAGUGGAGGCGGAAGAGUUCUCACUCGACCGACAGUGAAAGCACCAGACUGAAGCGGCUUCUCUACAGGAUGAGGUCGGGGAGGGAAAUAAACUCAACGAAAACGAAACAAAAAAAAAACUGAACCCUGACACUUGUUUCCGUUUUAAAUAUAUUGAUGGUAAUUUGUAACGGUAUUAGUCUUUCUAUGUAGUCCGUAGUGGCUUAUGUUAAGUGCUUUCACAUAUACAUCUGUAACAUAUUGAUUAAUGCCUUAUAUUGUUUUGUUGGAAGUGUGCUGGCAUGCAUUAGUCCCUUCAAGUCAAUAGGGAAGUCUUCUGUUGGUGAUACGACUAGGAGCCCACUGGCAUUUUGAAUUGGCAACACUUGUUUUGAAGACUUGUGAUGAGCAUGCAGAACACAUUGUAAAUUUCCCCCCAUGAUUACUCUGUGUGAUGAUUAUACUGUGUUUUUAUAAUGCAACAUUCACCCAAGAGACAAGGUAGGACCAUGCUGUAAAUGUCACAGUUGAUUCAAUUCACUGACCUAUUUUUUUUUUGGCUUUGAACAACAUUGCAGUUAAGCCUAUAGAGGGCGGUAUUAGCGUUUGCUUUAGUAAUCACAGUACUGAAAUGGGCAUCCACAUCCAUGCUAGUAAUGUUCUAUUUGAUGAAGUUGAUAGUGUAAUGGCGCAAACACACAUUCACUCACACAGCAGUAACUUUAAUUUAGGCUAUUAGGCAAAUGCUUUGUGUAAUCCCUGUGAUUUGAGGUGGUUCUUCUGGUAUUUGUUAACAUAAAUCAAC